AUGCCUCCGCAGCAAGAAAGAUGGAUGGUCUGGAACGACAGCCCGCACCACUACUGCCACGACCGAUCUCUCUUCUUCAACCUCGACGAAAACCCGUCCGCCGAUCGUACCAAGGACUUCAUGGUGCUGGGGAAGGGCGAUGUCGUGAUCCCCAUCAUAGGAAGCGAGAGACUCACGGCCAUUCGCCUCCGAGACGUUUUUUACUACAAGACCGACAAGCCGAGCAACAUCAUCAAUCUCAAACUCUUGCAAUGUGACUAUCCCAAGCUGGUCCUGAGUCAGACAAUAAAGAUUGGGAAAUACGGCACUGCGAUCGAGCAUGCCGACGACACUGGGAAGGCGCUGCUUAUUGUGGACGAGUACGAUCGUGAGGGUUAG